CCGUUGUUGUUGUUGUUGUUUGGGAUGUAAGUGAUACAUGAAAUGUCUCUUUAAUCAGACGUCUGUCAAUCCAACAGGAAUUACUCUGGGUUUCAAGUAGGUCUGGAGUUUGGGGAACCCCGGUUAGCUAGCUAAUGUCAUUAGCAAAGGUUAAACAGUAGACAAAGGUGGGAAACAAGGAGUCAUUUUUAAAGUUAACGUUACAGGGCUACAAUUUGGGACCACAAUCAGUCAUUUAAAAAUGAAGUGUCCGUCCAACUACGAGGAACCCCGGUUUCCAUGCAACAUGGAGAAACAUGUCACAUACAAGGAGUCGGGCCUGAAAACCUCCCCACUAAAGGAAUGCGUCCAAGUAGUAGUCAAACCACAGCUCUCACCAUGUGUCACCACCGCUGCCAACUUUUGCCUCAAGGAUGAUGUGAAAGGUGUUCACAAUAAGGAGAACAACCAACAUGAUGGGGUACUUGACGAGGUAAACCUAGGCUGUGAAGCAUUCGAGGACAGCGGUUUCCUCUCUUUACAGAACAGCCAGAUAGAGGACGUUGAUAACAUAAAGGAACUAGAACAGUCUCCAGGACAGGAUAUAUUCUCCCCAUGUACUCCAGUUGCUGAUUAUCACAAGGCUAAGCAUACUGCCUCAAAACUCCCCAUACUGAAGUUUCAACACGCUGUAUGCCAAGAUCUCGCCAACAGUUUCAAGAGGACCCAUAGCUAUGACUGGUCUGUCAUUAGCCGGCUAGCAGAGGACUCCGGCCUUGAAAGGGUUUUGGGUGGGAACAUGGGCCUUGAAUGUAUGAAGCACAUCCUCACCAGGAUCCUGCAUCUGCUAGGAGAUGUCGACUUGAUAAGCUGUAGAAAAGUGAGCAAGACCUGGAGAAAAAUCUACCAAGACAAGUCUGCACUCCGUAGAUGCGACCAGGCUAAACAGAGACUCAGGGACCCAAGAACUUCUGUAGGACCGGAGAAUGUCGGCUCUUUGACACGAGACGCCGCCCUGUCCCGGGUUGUAAUGACCUGUAUGCAGAGGGCUGCCAGUUUGCUGAAGCAGCACGAGUCGCUGAAGCCCUGUAAGCGCUGCGGCUCUCCUGCCAAGCACAACGCAGAUGCCAUGAGGGCCACCUGUACCCGCCUCAGCUGUGCCUUUGACUUCUGCACCCUGUGCCAGGGCCCUUUUCAUGGCUCCUCAGCCUGCCACACAGGGCUGGCCCGGGGGCCUAGCAGCUCCAGAGCCAUCCUCAUCGGCAGCGCUCGCAGCAAGAGGAACGUCAGGCGCCUGUGAGAUCAACGCCGCCCUGGAUGAAGACUCAAUAACGCACCUUUUUUAAAAACCAACUAAAUUUUAACUAUUAUUUAGUAGUUUUAUUCAUGGACCUUUUAGCCCACUGCCUCCUCUCCACAUACCAAAGGGAUCUCGGCUAUUGGAAUACCCUGUAUUAGAACACAUUGUAUUCUGUGACAAUCCCGUGAUGCCAGGUGUUCGGCAUUUGUCGUCAGAAAGCGACAAUCUUACUGGAAGCCAAAAACAGAAUGUUUACCUGAAUUGUACAUUCAUUUUAUAUUUCUUAAUGGAAUAUCCGUCCGUAAAUAUAUUUGUCUGUUAAAUGUGAAAUGUAAAUAUUUAUAUUGUUGAAAUAAAUUUAUCUUUUGCGAUUUUC